GCAAAACUUCAGGACGUCACAGAGUUCAGAAGACGCUGUGCCUGACAGCGAGCCAUUCAACAGCACUCACGGGAUUUAAAGUUCUUCUUUAAUUAAGGGGGGAAAGAAUUUCCAGGCAGUCUUGACAGUCAUUACACUGCAGCAGACCUUUCAGGAAUUUGGUUCAUUUAUUAUUAUAUUAUAGGAAUUUUUCCACAGUAGACUUUAUCACCGAGGUGCAAAUGCAGCACCUGAAGAGGAGUGGUAGUCCUGAGUAACUGCCUCCUGUUUGAAGGUACAAAAGACUCUUUGAAUUCUCAGAUGGCUGGUGAAUGUCAGUGCUCGGUAACUCUCUCCCGUGGUCUUUAAUCCCAGGCUGUCUCCGCACUUUGACGUUCAGGGUUUUCUUUUUGGAUAAACUUUGAGACGUCCUCUUUUCUUACCUCCUGGAAUAUACUCACGACAAAACUCUCACCAACAUCACCUGUCGACAGGAAGCAGUGAGGAAGAGGAAGUGACCAGAGAGAGGAAUAAUGGAGGGGAUUGAAAAGCAGAUGGCUUCACUGCCGCUCGGAAACACCAAGCUCUUUAUGAAUUAAACAUUUGAAUCGAGAGAGAGUUGUGGCAUCUGGGUGAGGAGUGUGUAAGACACUCUCCGUCCUCUCACCUUCUAACAUCUGUCCUCUCCUCAUCCUCAUUUAUUCCUCCCUCCCUCUUACUUUCACGUCGUCUCUGUGUCUCUGAGGACACAAGAGUCAGGUGGUCACUCAAACAGAAACAAGCGUGUUUGGCCCUUUCUCUCUCAGUCCUUGGCCUCCCCCCCCCACACACACCCUCCCUGCCUGGUGUGUAAUGGUGCGUCCCCUCUCAGUCCUGGAGACAUGCCCGUGCAGGAGAUGGCGGUGAGUCCUGUCAAGUCCUUGUACUGGGAGCAGUUCCCCCCUAUGUCGCAGCGCCGUGUCUACUGCACCCCUGUGUACCACGAAGGCCUGCUGUACGUGCUGGGGGGCUGCAGUGAGACCGGCAUGCCCCUGGACAGUGUGGAGGUCCUGGACGUGGAGAGCCAGACCUGGAGCCAGUUGCCACCGCUGCCCACGGCAAGGGCUGGGGCCUCGGCCGUGGAGCUGGGGGGUCAGGUGAUGGUGCUCGGGGGCAUGAAUCAGCAGCAGACCCCGCUGGCGUCUGUGGAGAUGUAUCAUCCUGACGAGGGCAAGUGGGAGACGAGAGCCAGCCUGGGUCAACCAUCGAUGGGCGUCACCACGGUGGAGAAAGAUGGUAAAGUGUAUGCGUUGGGUGGAAUGGGAGCAGACACCACGCCACAGGCCUUGGUGAGGGUUUAUGAGGCAGAGAAGGACCAGUGGCAGCCGAUGACCUCCAUGCCCACGCCGCGGUACGGAGCCACGCCCUUCCUCACAGGGAACAAAAUCUACAUGCUGGGUGGUCGUCAGGGAAAGAUGCCGGUGACGGCGUUGGAGGCCUUCGACCUGGAGAUGAAGAGCUGGACGCGUUACCCGUGCAUCCCGAGCAGACGCGCCUUCUCCUGCUGCACCACCAACGAGAGAAGCCUCUUCAGCCUGGGCGGCCUCCAGCAGCCGGGGCCUCACAACUUCUACUCCAGACCUCACUUUGUCAGCACCAUGGAGGAGUACGAUCUGGACCAAGGAAUCUGGAUUAAACCGAGCCGAACGUCCAGGAUGAGGGAGAAGCGAGCCGACUUUGUGGCCGGAUGUCUGGGAGGAAGAGUCAUCGCCGCCGGUGGUUUAGGUAACGAGCCGUCGCCGCUGGGUUCGGUGGAGAGCUACAACCCCGCGAAACGACGGUGGGAAUACGCGGCGCCGAUGCCGACGGCGCGCUGCUCCUCCUCGCUCCUGCAGACGGCCAGCAUGCUCUUUGUGAUCGGCGGCGUCGCGCAGGGGCCCAGCGACGCCGUGGAAGCCCUCUGCUUCCAGGAGACGGUGUGACACAUGCGUGCACACACACAUACACGUGGGAAUAAUGGUUAAACACAGACCAACCAACACACACACACACACACACAUAGAUUGGAUCCACAGAUCUGAGGAGAUCUGAGAUACUUUCUCUUGUGUGUGUCCCACCACUCAUGGAUGUGUCUUGUACACUGGGAUGUAGAGAAGGAAGCCUUAUUCACAUUCAAGCAUUUUCAGACGGGAUCCGUGGAGACGUUCUGCGACAGAGACGGACGGAAAAAACACAACACGAGGAUGUUGAAGCUGUGACUGACUGACAGGAGCAGAAAACUGUCAGCUUUGCUACUCUGGGGGAAUCAGACGGAGACACACACAAAAAAAACACACACUGAAGAAAUAACACACGCCUUUGAACUGUUUUCAUUUUUCAGAAUAAAAGCAGGGUACUAUUUUCUGGCUAUUAAAGGAACUUAGGGCCAUAUAUGUAUUUUCCUCUCUGCUGCGACAGCAAAGCUCGGACACUUUUCUAUGACUGGUGACGUUCUAGGUUUGUGAAUGUCUGUUUUGGUUUUUUCCUCCUAUAGGUGGCAGUGUUGUAUCAGUAAUCAGUUUGCUUUACAUUUGCUGUCAGCAACGGCUACCACAGUGUCAACAACAACAAGCGUUUACACCCUUAGACCAUAUAUGAAAAGUGGACAUAGCCCUUUUCCCUGUAUGAUCUUGUUCUUUAUUUGCUCUUAAAACCCUUUCAAGAAAUGUUCUUUUUAUUCACACAAAACCUCCUAAAACGACUCUAAUGUACAGUUCCAGCACGACUCGGUUUGGUAUCGGUCACGUUGUUUUCCAGGACUUCAUAGUUCCUCCUGAACAUGGGCGGAGUCCAAAAUGUUGUGACAUAGUUUUAUACGCGACAAACACAAACUAGUGACUAGUAAAGCAGAUUGUUUGGCUCUA